CAUAACGAAUUUUCUGUUCAUUGUAUCUCCUUUUAAACCAAGGAAGCAAUGAGUCUCAAAUAUUCUGAAUUGAUAUAAACUCUUGUAUGAUACUAAGAAUAUAAGGUUAUAUUUGUUACAGCAUACUGUAUAUACGAUUCAACUCUGGUUUAAAAUAUACUGUAUAUGAGGGGAUCUGGUGAAGGGGCUGUCUGUAGGCGCCAUGUCGGACCGCGAAGGUAGCAAAAAGAAGCCUCUGAAACAGCCCAAGAAGCAGGCCAAGGAGAUGGACGAGGAAGAUAAGGCUUUCAAGCAGAAACAGAAGGAGGAGCAGAAGAAACUGGAGGAGCUAAAAGCCAAGGCCACGGGCAAGGGACCCCUGGCCACAGGUGGAAUUAAGAAAUCUGGCAAAAAGUAAGCUGUUCCUCAUAUCUGAGAUGACGGUGAGCCUCUUCCAUUCCUAUUUAAACAUCUGGAUUCCCUGCCAUAACAUCUUUACCACCUACAGCUAGAAUGAAGUGUUACCCUGGAGCCUGUUAAACAUCUGGAUUCCCUACUAUAACAUCUUUGCCACCUAUAGUUAGAAUGAAGUGUUAUCCCGGAGCCUGUUGUACAUUGUAAUAAACUUUUGUAAAAAAAAAAAAAAUUGUAAUAAUAAAUAAUACAAUGGCU